GCAUGGACUCUCAUCAGCAGCACAGUAACCAUCUACAUGCCACUGGUGACGGUUCUCAGGCGUCCAUACACAAGUCCGGCGGGGACAAAUUCUACUCCACGAUGUAGGACAGUUUAUGCGCAAAAAUGGUAAAUGUUGGGAAUCGUGUCACCUUGUUAGUGUACUGCUAUGUUAGAGACCACGGAGUCAGGUAAUCGCUGCAUCAGAGAGGAGGCUGGUGUAUUGAAUCACAGUAGCCUAUGUAGGGCACAGCCAGGCCUAAAUUCGUUUGUCACCUAUUUCUGCCUCGUCCCGAAGAUUCCAAACGUUGGAUGGGAUGUUUGGGUUCACCGGAAAGUGAUGUUGGCUGGGAUGGCGUGUGCGGCAGUGAGAUGGGCGAUGGACUCACAGAAUGCCCUGUGUCCGUCCUGGUCUGUCCUGUGAAAGGCUUCUUUAUCUGUUGAAGGGCUCCUGAUGGCCAGACUGGUUUACUCAUCAAUGGGCUCCUAACAUGCAUGGCAGUCAGGGCCACAACAAACAUAAGCCAUCUUCCUAGCCUUCCUCUUGGAGCCAGCAGCAGAGCGAUAGCAGUGGUCCACACCCAUGUCACUCCCUCCCAGUCGGAAGCCCUCUGCAGGUCAGCGCAGCCUCUGUUGCAGGCGGUCAGUGGCUACUAGCAGUGGGUGCCAUUCCCAUAGCAAUGCCUCCAAUACCAACACUUACCCCACCAACACUUACCCUGGCAGGGCUAGUGAGGGCAGUCCUACAGCCCGGACAUACCCUGGCACACCCAGGCGUCAGGCGAAGCAUGCCACCUGCAGUGAUAACCACGGGAUCCGCCCCCCCACACCAGAGCAGUACCUCACCCCGCUGCAGCAGAAGGAGGUGUGUAUCAGACACCUGCGAGCCAGGCUAAGGGAGAAUGUUGAGAUGCUGCAGCACAGGGACAGUGAGAUAACUGAAAUGAGGACCCAGCUGUGUCGGAUGCAGGAGGACUGGAUAGAGGAGGAGUGUCACCGUGUGGAGGCCCAGCUUGCUCUAAAGGAGGCACGCAGGGAGAUUCAGCACCUACAUGAGGUCGUGGAGACAGUACGAUCAAAUCUCGGCACCCCAGAAAAAUCCCCCCACGACCAAAAGCCAUACCUCUCACCGCAGGGACCCCGACCUGUCAAGUCCCGCUCCUGUGGUUGCUCCCCAGCCAGCACCCUGAGCCGCAGCACCACCUACACACGGCUGAGCAGUGAGGGCCUGCAUCUGGACCGCAAUGGAAACAUCCCAGGGCCUGACCUGCGUGCAGCGGCACGGGCAGAAGGGGGACGGACCCACCUGCUCCUGGAAGCAGCCCUUCUGUCAGAACAAAACCAAGCCGGCUCCGCCCGUGGCCCCUUCUCCUCCACCAUGCCACGCUCCUCCACCUACGAGAGGCUGUACAGCGGGGGGGCUGUCCUGCCUCUCUCCCACUCCUGCCACUCCCUGGGUAACAGCUGCAGGUGCAGCGGACACACCUACCUCCCGCAUCACCACCUCUUCCUGCACCUCCCCCAGGAGGAGCCCCCGGCUGCAGUGGCAGCGGCUGCUGCUGCCCCCAUGACAGAUGUGAAACCGGAGGUCCGAUCCCAGGCCUGCAGCCCCACCAUGACCUGGGUCUCGGAGGAAGGAGGGGGAGAAGAGCUAAGCGUCAUCUCCCUGGCAACAACCGACAUCACCCCAGUCUACUCCGAGCAACAACUGUUCCCUCCCUCCUUGUCUUCCGCCUCUCCUCCCCAGCCGUUCCCUCCCUUCUUGUCUUCAUCCCCUCCUCCCCAGCUCUCCUACAACCUAGAGCCGCUGCCUCCAGAUGGCCCUGUGGAGAUGACAAGAAUGCCAACAGUGGCCCAAACCUGCCAGCCCAAGCCUGGGCCACUGUAUUCACCAGAGAGGCAAGGAAGCGUGACAGUGGUGGAGGUGGAGGAGGAAGAGAAGGAGGAGGCUGUUGAAGUUGAAAUUGUUGUGGAAGAGGGGGAGGAGGGGGCUCCCCAGCGGAACUUCUGGAGCCAAUACUUCCUGGUGGACCUGUUGGCGGUGGCCAUGCCGGUGGUGCCGACAGUGGCCUGGCUGUGCCAUGGGGCCCCGCGGGAGGUCAUGCCUGUCUACCACAUUGGCUCUCUGCUACGGGGUUGCUGCGCUGUGGCCCUUCACUCUCUGCGACGCAGGGGAUGUGGCCAGGGCCGUGCCCCCACAAGCAUGAAUGGGGCGACCAAUAUCUGACAACUUUACUCCUUAGUCCCCUGACUCCCCUCACAGCAACCAUGCAACCCCAACCUCUUACGAGCCACAGCCACAACGGCAAUUAUACAGACUUUGAUUUGGAUUUAAACUACUAUUGCUUUUUAUUCUCCACCCACCACGUGUCUGAUUUGAGGAUGACCUUGAGAUUUACAUGAUCUGAUUUUAUUGCAGUUGACCUUUGUGAAUUUUGUUUAUUGGUUACAGCAGACAGGAAUUAGGCUAAUUGUAUAGUUCAAGCCUGUUUCUGUUAGAUUUGUAAUCAUGCCUUGCUAUCAAAGAAAAUCUAAUGCAAUAGUGAUUUGAUGGGGAAUGCAUUAGCCUGCUUAAAUUGACUUUUUGACACUGGUCUACAGUGUCUCCCAUGACUGUACAACUGUACAGUGCAUGUAAACCUGAGAAAUGUUCAACCUUUUGCCAUUACCUCACUUUAAACAGACCUGCUACAUUUGAACCUUGAAGACUUUGAUGUAUGCUCCAUAAAUCUUCUAGUGUUGUCUUUGAAAUUGGGGUGAAUACGGUUCAUCUUGUUAGAAACAUCAGCAACAUUUUAUUUUAGUUUCUAGCGCUAAGUGAAUAAGGGACCUGAGUAGGAGUUCUAGUUGAAUGUCUUUGAAUUCUUUAUUUUCUCAAGAAAAUUGAGGAUGGAAAAAUACGUGUUUGCACAACGACCGGGAGAUAGAGAAUCUAUUACAUUUCAGGGAUCCAAAGUUAAUCUUCUGGUUUCAUGAAUUUUAUUUAUAGUCCAAGGAUAAGAUAACAAUUCUGAAUAAGACUAGCACUGUCACUAUCCAUGCAAAUGCUGAAUGCCAGUCAUAAAAAAAUGCCAGCUAUGUAUUUAUUGUUGUUAAGGCAUAUAUACCAUUUGCUAAAUUUCACAAUUUACAAUAUUACGAAUAUUAUCAAUUGUUUCCAAUAGUUAGCCUAGAUAUUUGACGUUGCACUUUUUUCCCCACACUUGGCUUUGCAUGUUAUCAAACAUUAACCAUGCAAGUCUGCUUUUGAGCCACAUCGUGCCGCCAAUGCUACAGUGACAGAUUUGUCUCAAUUAUUAAAAUUCAGAGGUCAAAAUCAAUGAUAAAAAGCAAUGAUGAAAUGUCUUUACUUGGGUUGAUAAAUUGCACAAAAAGCUUUAGAAUGCAAAGCGUAAAUAGCUCUGGAUGUAUUUCCUCCUCCCUUUGAAAAUAAACUGAAAGUUGCCUUUG